CGCCGAGUGGCGGCAGUCGGUCGAGAGCGCGCAGCCGUGGCGUGCGUUGCGCAUCGAACGUUGUAUUCCAUAUUCAAAAACUGCGCCAAUUUGAAAGUUUGACAAAAAAAGUUUUUAAUUGUGCAUAAUCUGUUCAGUGACCACGUGACAUUUUAUAGGAUUGGAAAAAGGAAUUUUUGCUAAUAUUUCAUCGUGUAUUGAUGUCUUACAAUCGUUUGCUUUAGCUCCGUGGAUAUAAAAGGGCCGGCACGAUGUUGCAGCAGAUCCUGCGCGACAUGUGGGUGGACCCCGAGAUCCUGGCCGAGCUGGACGAGACGCAGAAGCAGACGCUCUUCUGCAAGAUGAGGGAGGAACAGGUCCGUCGCUGGCAGCUCUGGGACGAGAAGGUCGGCAAAGAAGAUGAGAGGCCUAAAUUCCAGAAGAAUGGCAAGAAGCAGGUGCAAUUCCUCACAGGAGAGGACGGAGAACCAUGGGUAUGGGUAAUGGGAGAGCACCCCGACGACAAGUCAAUAGAGACGAUCCUGGCGGAGGAGGCUCGAGAGAAGGCGAUCGCGCAGGCGCGGCAGGAGGUACAGCAACUCAGAAAGUCAGUUGAGAAGGAGCUUACGCAACUCAUUGAAUACAAGCCGCUCGAUGAUUUAGAACAGAAAUUCGAUCUAUCCCCGAAAACGAUAGACCCUUUAGAAGACACGUUGGAGAUUUACUGCACAGUUGACGAGCUGCGACAGAGGAUUGAGGCUCUGGAGCCUGACGUGAAGCUGGAGUCGGAUGACCUGGACAAACCUGACUUCAAUGAGACCUUGAAACUAGAUCUCAAUAAGAAUACGCUUCACUUUAAUUUUAUCGAGGGCAAGAGAGAUGUACUGCAGGACAUGGGUGUGGGAGCUGGUGGCGAUGGCGUCAGUGUGCUGGUGGCAGCCUGGGAGAGGCGCGUGGCCGCCGCCCGCGCGGGGGACAUCCUGCGGGGGAUCAGGGCCAAGCGAGCCAGGGCCAUGAGGCUGGCUCACCAUGCCGCCCAGACACAUGACGCAGCCUGGCGCGACCAGGAGCGUAAAGCUAAAGAAGCAGAAGCAAGUAUGAGAGAGAUAGCGCGAGCGGCGAGGGAAGCACACCGGCGGAGCGCUCACCUUGCAGCGCCGCCAGACACAACACAAGCGGGAAAACCGCCGAACAGAGAAGCAGUAGUGGAGUGGUUCCAAACACACGAACUCAAGCGAGGCGUUGGACUUGACGAGAACAAUAAACCAGUUGAUUGGUUCCACGGUUUGAUCAGUCGGUCGGAAGCAGAGGCGGCGCUGUCAGGUUGCCCCGCGGGGAGCUUCCUCGUGCGUGUGUCGGAGCGCGUGUGGGGCUACGCCGUCACGUACCGCGACAGCGCGCGCUGCAAGCACUACCUCGUCGAGGCAGCGCGCGCCUACAGGCUGCUGCCCACCGGGCAACUGGCGCAUGAUACGCUCGCUGAUCUCAUAAACUACCACAAGACGGUCCCGAUCACUGAGAGCGGUGGCGAGCUACUAAUCACCGCGUGUCCGCCGCAACAGACGCCCGACAUUUUGAACGCGCCGCCAUCUUGAGUACACGCGCCCGUGUGACGUCACGCCUUGAACAGACACAGACAUGAACCUCUUUUAUAAAUUUUCGACUUUACCACAAUAGUGAUAGAGUUGAAAAUGUGUGUCAGUUUAAGUUUAGGUUGACUUGCUUUUGAACUUGAGCUGAUAAGCUUUUAAUACUCCACUGUUGCCGUUGUCUUUUAAAAGUGGCCUUGUAUCUACUUAAAUGUAAAAAUUGCCUUUAUAAUGGAACGAGUGCCUUGUAUAAGGAUUAAAGAGAUAAUGUUGAAUGUAAAUAUUAUUUGUAAAUAUAUUGAGUUAUACAACUAUACCUACUUUAUAUCUUACCUACAAGGACAGUUUGUUCAAGUGGAAAGUGCCUCCAUUACGGCAACAGUGUCAAGACUAUUAAAUCGAAUACCUUAUAUUUUAU